UACUCUGGAAAACAACGGUUUACGGUUGUUUUAUAAAAGUUACACUACUAAAGCGUUUUGUUUUUUUGUUGGUAUGGUUUAGUGGAUCGUUUGAGUAUGGUUGUUGUUGUCGUUGUUAUUUCUAAGAUCGGUUCCUUAGCUUUAACUUAAACACAUACACUCUUACAAUUUUACACAAAAGAAAAUUACAAACAACAAACAAAAAUAUAAUUUGAACGCUGCAACAACGGCACUCUAAAACCGCCUGGGUAUGACUAGACUCUAGACCGUUUCAAUUAGUAAGAGAUGAACCAUCAUAGAGGAUACACGCGUUUUUCUUUUACAAACACUUAAAGAAUCUAUAGCUAUUCAAACAAAAAAAAUCAAACAAAUGAAAUAGAAACAAAAAUUAACUAAAUAGAAAUUAUGAAAUAAGAAUUUUUCACAAAAUUGAAAAAUAUUGAAAAAAUUUAAAGAAUUCUGGAAAAUAAAAAACCAAUUAGAAAACCAAUGAAAUAAUUAAACAAAAAUGUAAAGAAAUUUAUAUUUAAAGUGAACAAAUGAAAAAUAAAAAAAGAAAUUUUUAUAAAAUCUAAACAAUUCAGACAAGUGUUUAUUAAAAAAACCAAGAAUUAAAACAGUAUUUUAGCAUUUCAACACACCAAGGAUUAGUGUUUUGUGCUAAAACUGUUUAUAAAGUGUUAUAAAUAAAAUUGGAAAAAAUUUUAAAACAAAAAAGUGUUGUUAAACUAAGAAAAAACAAAAUAAUUAAUUUAUUUAAAUGUCUAAGUAAAAACAUAAAAAAACCAAACAAAACCCAACCUUUACCCUUGAAAUUUAACAUUUUCUUAAACAAAAUCACAAGCAAAAAAUGCCGAAAAUAUUUUUAAUUAAAAAUCGUCUGCAUCAGCAGCAACAACGUCUGUUGGAAUCACAAAACCUUUUACAACAUAAAAACGAUGAUGAUCGUUUAGUACCACCUUUAAGUCCCACACCCACAAAUCGUCAUCAAAACAACUCAUCACCCUCUCCCACACCGCCCUAUCGUCCGCCACCACCACGCUCACCCGAGCCUCAGGAUUUCAACUAUGAACGCCCCUCAGCCUCCUCCUCCAACAACACACUCAACUGCACCUCUGAUUCUUUAAAGGCUUUACACAUACAUCGCUCACGUUCCCACUCGCCUCAAGACAAAGUUCUUAAUUUACACAGGCAUGAGAGUGCAACCGGACAGAGUAACAUUAACAGGGCCUUUGGAGAAGAUCAAGAGGAGGAUGUUGGCGAGGAACAGCAACAACCCUUAAGUUUGGUCUCAAGUCUAACGUAUUUGGGCCGUAAACGUUUCCAUCAAUAUCAUCAGCAAUUGUUGCAAAAUCGUAAUUUGAAAAAAUUGGAACAUCAUCACAAUGAGCAAGAACAACAAGAGAAAUUGUCACUUAAGGAAAAGGAAGAGUCAGAAGAAGUUGGUCCUGUUUCAUUAUCAACCGAACACGAUAGAUUAUCACCCGCAGUAUCACCCACCGCUUCCACUACCACUUUGCCUUUGAAUUGUUCACGCAAUUCUCUAGCAUCACCUUCAUCAUUUUCAGCAUCUUUAUCACCUGCCACUUUACAACAACAACAAACACCCACCUCCGCCUCCUCCACGACUUUACUUAAAGACUGUCAAGUUUCGAAGGAAACUUUUUGUAAUUACAAACAAGAACCAAAGCCUGAUAAGGAACCAGAAGAAACACCCAAAUCUGCCUCACCUAAACAUCGUUACAUUUCCUCUUACUUAGGUGCUACUGCCAACAACAACAGCAACAGCCCCAGCAGCGGCAAGUCAUUGAUUGGUGGUGUCAUCUUAACCUCAGCCCAACGCAAAGAAUAUCCCGUGGAAAUAGUGCAACAAAUUCAUCAUCAGCAACAACAAAAAGAUCUUGAACACUUGGGAGAAUCGUGUGAUGAUAAUUCCGAUUCGGACAGUGAUUCGGAUGAUGGUUCAAAAUUGAUUGUGGAUGAGAAACCUUUAGUGCCCGAGGAACAACCCUUGUCAUUGCGUGUACGUUGCACACCACCGCCUGAAGAUCAAAGACCCUCUCCACCACCCUGUCCCGAGCCAGCAGUACGUUGCAGUGUUAUACAGAGAACACCCGCCAACGAAGCAGAAAACCAAAGACGUGCCCACGAAGUUCUAUUGCCCUUGGCCAGUUUAGAACAUUUGGGACCCGAACAACAAGAGCCCAUUGAUUAUCACGUGCCCCGUAGAAAAUCCUCUUUGGACAACGACGAGGAACAACAAUUGAAUGCCAAACGUUUGGAGCGUGAGCGCAAACUAAGAGAAGCUAGACGUCGUAGUGCUCUUUUGGCGGCUAGAACUAUUCUAGCCCAGGCUCGGCUUAAUCCACGUUUUGUACGCUCUUUACCGGGUAUUUUGGCAGCAGCGGCGGGACACGGCCGUACCACUUCAGGUUCUGGUGGCAAUAAUCAAGGACAAAGUUUCCAGGGUGGUUUUGGCAGCAACUCAGGUUCUGGUUCACAACAAUCGGCCAGCGGCGGAGGUUCUCCUACCGGUUUCAGUGGUUCAGGCGGUUUAAGCGGAGGUUCAGGUGGAGGAAUGGGCGGAGGACGCGACGGUCGUGGCAAUUACGGCCCCAACUCCCCUCCCUCGGGAGCUUUACCUCCCUUCUACGAGUCCCUGAAGAGUGGUAAUGCCAUGAAUGGUUCUUCCUCCAGCAAUUUUACAGAUUCACCCAAUUCUACGGCUACAUCGAACUUUUUACUACAAAAUGCAGCCGCUUAUCUAAUGUCGGCAGCGGGUAGUGGUGGUGGUAGUGGUAGUUCACAACAAUUUCCUGGCUCAGGUGGUGAUACUUUGGGUGGCGGUUCUUCGGUAUUGGAUCCCAAUGCUUCUUCUGUUUCCAGCAUGCUCUUCCAUAAUGGUCACGGUAAUAAUUCUCUUCCUUACAGUUCUUUAGCUCAUUGUGCUAAAUAUAAUCAUCCCUCUUCUCCUUCUUCGGCCUCUUCACCACAACAUUUUCCCUCCUCAACGGCGGCGGCUACACACCCUCAUCAACCUCACUUGCCCUACGGUCCCAAUCCUUCAGCUUACGGUAUUAUACUGAAAGAUGAGCCAGACAUAGAGUACGACGAGUCUAAAAUCGAUAUAGGAGCCUUUGCUCAAAACAUUAUACAGGCUACCAUGGGGAAUUCGGGUAAUUUUAAUGCAUCGGCUUACGAAGAUGCCAUUAUGAAUGAUUUGGCCUCGGCGGCUCAGGGAGCUAAUGGCACCGUAGAUCCUCUACAAUUCACUGCCACCUUAAUGUUGUCCUCACAAACGGAUCAUUUGUUGGAACAGCUUUCCGAUGCGGUGGACUUGAGUUCGUUUUUGCAGCGCAAUUGUGUGGAAGAUGAGAAUUCUACUUCACCGAGACAAGAUUUUGAGCUGGUCUCAACGCCGUCUUUAACCCCAGACUCUGUGUCCAUUACACCGGUAGAUUGUCACAAUGCGGGCAGCACACAAUUGGACACCUUCCAUGAGAGUCUCAUGCAACAAUUGACCAAUAAUAUUACCAGAUCACACAGCAACAAUUCGUAUAACAAUUUCGAUAGACAUCAGAAUAGUUUGCAGCAGCAACAGCAACAAAAUCCACCACCUUCGUAUCAACAUGCUACACGAGAGAUUAUGCAAAUGCAACAGCAUCAUCAUCAGCAGCAGCAACAAAACUAUCAUCAGUCAGCACAGCAACAAUCUCCGCUCAAUUCGUUGAUUAAUCAAAAUUCUUUAUUACUGCAACAACAGCAGCAGCAACAAAAUGGCUACCACAAUUCACACAACAACAGCAAUCAGCAAUAUAAUCCUUUGCAACAACAGCAACACAAUCAUCUUAACCAUCAUCAAUUGCAACAGCAUCAAGCUCAUCACCAGCAACAGCAGCAGCAUCAACAGCAACAACAACACCAGCAACAUCAUCAUCAACAACAGCAACCACAACAUCAUCAUCAACAUCUGCAUCAUCAUCACCAUCAUAUGCACCAUCAACAUCACAGUGAUAAUAGCAAUCUAUCACUGCCCUCACCAAAUGCUACAUCCUCAUCGAAUCAAACCUCCUCCACCAACGCAACAACAACUGCCAAUGGCCAUCUUAUGAUUGCCUCACAAGGCCACCAUCCCAUGUCUUCAGCAGCCAGUAACACAUCAUCGGGUUCGGCCUCCGCACUCCUAGACACAUCAUUGCUGGACACCAAGCCCAUCAUACAAAGUUUGGGUUUGCCACCCGAGGUACAAUUGGAAUUUGUCAAUGGCGGUCAUGGCAUUAAAAAUCCCCUGGCCAUUGAAAAUACACAUGGACAUCAUCAUCAUCGCAUACGCAGCAUUGAUUGUAUAGAUGAUUUGAAAAAGCCCUCCUCAUUGAUGGCCGAUACCACCAACUCUAUGAUGAUGGGUGGUGGUGGUGGUCUUUCGCCCACUAACAACAACUGUUCCUCCAAUUCCAGCAUAAAUAACGAUCAAAGUGAACCAAAUGGUAAAUUUGUGUGUCGCAUUUGUUUGAAGGCCUUCUCGCUGCAACGUCUGCUUAAUCGUCACAUGAAAUGUCAUUCAGAAAUUAAGCGUUACUUGUGCACUUUCUGCGGCAAGGGUUUCAACGAUACGUUCGAUUUGAAGCGUCAUACACGUACGCACACGGGCGUUAGACCCUACAAAUGUAAUUUGUGUGAAAAGAGUUUUACCCAGAGAUGUUCGCUGGAAUCGCAUUGUUUGAAAGUGCAUAGUGUACAGCAUCAAUAUGCCUAUAAGGAGAGAAGAACUAAGAUGUAUGUUUGCGAGGAAUGUGGUCAUACCACCUGUGAACCCGAGGUUCAUUAUAUACACUUGAAAGAAAAUCAUCCCUAUUCACCGGCUUUGCUGAAAUUUUAUGAUAAACGUCAUUUCAAAUUUACCAAUUCACAAUUUGCCAACAAUUUACUGGGACAACUGCCAAUGCCGGUGCAUAAUUAAGAACAACUGCCUUCUUUUUUUUUAAAAAAAAACAAAAAUUAUGAACAAAACUCCGAGAUUAUUAUUAUUUUUAUGUUAUAUACAAACAAAUAUUUAUCUUUUGAUAUAGAAACUUUUUUUAUUUUUUUAUAAGAUUUUUUUUG